AUGCCUAUUUUUACUAUAUUUUCACAUAAUUUUCAGCUAAUAACUAUUGUAGAAUUAACAUCAAAUAAAGCUAGAAAUAAUGCAUACUAUGAUACAAAUCUUAUCAUAGAAGAGCACUUAAGUCAAUUGCAAAAUUUCUUUCAGUUAUUAGCAGCUUUUGAUUUAAUUAAGCCUCAAAAAGUUUUAGGAAAUUUGCUUUAUACUGAAGAAAAAGAACAAAUCAAUUUAGAAAGAUUUAUACAAAUGUCAAUAAAUAUAAAAAUGGCAGCUAAAGGAACUGAACCAUUUCUAGGAAUACUACUUUUACCUAUGAAAAAACAAGUUAGAUUGUCUGAAAAAAUUCUGCAACAACUAGCAGAAUGGUAUAGUAAUAUAUAUAGAAAAACUUAUCAGUCAUCUCUUACACCCGGUUCAAGAGACAGUAUAGUAAUUACUCCAUAUAUUAAUCAAUAUACUUAUUUACAAAUUGGUACAGAAAUUUUCAGGUCGGCAAUGUCAUAG